AGCCCCGCCUUUUCCGGCGGGCCCCGCCUCCCCGUUGCCCCCGCCGCGGGCGCGCGAUGGAUUCGGGGUGCUGGUGGUUCGGCUGCGAGUUCGAGGAUUCGGUGUUCGAGGAGAGGCCGGAGCGGCGGUCAGGACCGCCCGCGUCCUACUGCGCCAAGCUCUGCGAGCCGCAGUGGUUUUAUGAAGAAACAGAAAGCAGUGAUGAUGUUGAAGUGCUGACUCUCAAGAAAUUCAAAGGAGACCUGGCCUACAGACGACAAGAGUAUCAGAAAGCACUGCAGGAGUAUUCCAGUAUCUCAGAAAAAUUGUCAUCAACCAAUUUUGCCAUGAAAAGGGAUGUCCAGGAAAGUCAGGCUCGGUGUCUGGCUCACCUGGGUAGGCAUAUAGAAGCGCUGGAGAUUGCUGCAAACUUGGAAAAUAAAGCAACCAACACAGACCAUUUAACCACGGUACUCUACCUCCAGCUUGCUAUUUGUUCAAGUUUGCAGAACUUGGAGAAAACAAUUUUCUGCCUGCAGAAACUGAUUUCUUUGCAUCCUUUUAAUCCUUGGAACUGGGGCAAAUUGGCAGAGGCUUACCUGAAUCUGGGGCCAGCUCUUUCAGCAGCACUUGCGUCAUCUCAGAAACAGCACAGUUUCACCUCAAGUGACAAAACUAUCAAAUCCUUCUUUCCACACUCAGGAAAAGACUGUCUUUUGUGUUUUCCUGAAACCUUGCCUGAGAGCUCUUUAUUUUCUGUGGAAGCGAGUAGCAGUAAUAGCCAGAAAAAUGAGAAAGCUCUGACAAAUAUCCAAAACUGUAUGGCAGAAAAGAGAGAAACAGUGUUGGUAGAGACUCAGCUGAAAGCAUGUGCCUCUUUUAUACGAACCAGGCUUCUGCUUCAGUUUACCCAACCUCAGCAAACAUCGUUUGCUUUGGAGAGGAACUUAAGGACUCAGCAGGAAAUUGAAGAUAAAAUGAAAGGGUUCAGCUUCAAAGAAGACACUUUGCUGUUGAUAGCUGAGGUUAUGGGAGAAGAUAUCCCAGAAAAAGUAAAAGAUGAAGUUCACCCAGAGGUGAAGUGUGUUGGCUCCAUAGCCCUGACUGCCUUGGUGACUGCAUCCUCAGAAGAAUUUGAAGACAAGUGGUUCAGAAAGAUCAAAGACCAUUUCUGUCCAUUUGAAAAUCAGUUCCAUACAGAGAUACAAAUCUUGGCUUAGUGGGUUAUAAAAAACAAAACCACAAAUAUCUUGUACUGUAUUAAUUGUCCUUGUUUACUUCAGACAGGAUCCAUUGCUAAUCAUGGAGUAUAAAUGAUUAUUUAUGUUUUAUAAAACUGGCUUCUGUCUCAAAUGAUUGCUACUGCAUUCAGUUUAUGUUUUGUUUUCUUUCUGGAUUUUUCCUGUCCCUUUAUAAGUACUGUAUCUUAGGCCUACUACCCCUUUAGAAGAUAAUCUGUUGGGGAAGUAUAUCAAGGAGGCUUUUAGAUUUGUGGUCUUUUAAAAACUGUUACUAUAUUAUAGCCAGCAGCAUAAGAAUCCACAUUGUUUAGGUAAAUUCAUUGGGAAUGACCAAGAAUGUUGAGAUGUGAAACUAAGCUGUUUCUAAAAAGGGUGUGCCAAGCACUGUGAAGGGUCUGAGAUCUUACCCUACUUGUAAGCUAACAGGUUAGCCUCUCCCACUUUUCAUGGAUGCUGGCAGAAAGGAGACUUCUGGGUCAGAGACAAAGGAUUUUAUGACCCAUGGCCCAGCAAGCAGUAUAAACUUCAGUGUAUUUGCAUCAGUUUCUCUUGCCUCCAAGUCCCAAGGGCACAUAAUGGUCACAGAAGGAAUGCCUACGUUCACAUACAAUGAAUGUGCAUUACCAUGUCUCGUGGUGCACACAUGACUGGUUGCCUUACAGGAGAGGAGUGCUGAGUUUGGGAAACUCUAGUCUUUGAUAAUGGGCAGUGAGCAUGCUUGCCCUUUGCUCCAGAGGUAGACGCUGUCUCCUUUUUAAGGCUGUUCGCCCUGCAGACAUCUUGGAGACGAUAGACUGAAACAAAGAACACCGAGUGCCUCUCUCACAAGAUGCACAGAAACACGAGAGAACUGUGGAGCUUUGUCUGCCAGGUCGAUCAUCCUGUCCUUUUUCAGCCACAUGAAUUUUAAUCACAGCCUGUAACAUCAUCAUAAAUACAAAGGGCCAUUACCUUAGUGAAUUAGCUGGGAUGGAAGAGCUCGCUGAUGAGGAAUUUAAUAAUAAAUCAAAAACUUCAGCAAAUGUUGUCCUGCACAGCUUUUUCUUUUUCUUCCUUUUUUUUUUUUUUUUUUUUUGAGACAGAGUCUUGCUCUUGCACAGGCUGGAGUGCAGUGGUGUGAUCUCGGCUCGCUACAACCUCUGCCUCCCGGGUUCAAGUGAUCCUCCUACCUCACCCUCCUGAGUAGCUGGGAUUAGAGGCAUGCACCAACAUGCCUGGCUAAUUUUUGUAUUUUUGUCCUGCAUAGCUUUUAUUUGAUGUCUCUCAGCAGAGGAAGAGAAUGCCAGCCAUGGGCUAAAAGGUGCAGUCAUCAGGGUUUCCCUUCCACACUCUUCUGUCUCACUCGCCCUUUCUAGUACUCUCCUCAAAACAGGCAAAGAACUGCUCUUAUAUUUUGAACAACUCUUUUUUUUUUUUUCUUUUUGAGAUGGAGUCUCACUCUGUUGCCCAGGCUGGAGUGCAGUGGCACGAUUGCGGCUCACUGCUGCAACCUCUGCCUCCCAGGUUCAAGCAAUUCUCCUGCCUCAGCCUCCCAAGUAGCUGGGAUUACAGGCAUGCACCACCACGCCCGGCUAAUUUAUGUAUUUUUAGUAGAGAUGGGGUUUCGCCAUGUUGGCCAGGCUGGUCUCAAACUCCUGACCUCGUGAUCCGCCUGCCUCGGCUUCCCAAAGUGCUGGGAUUACAGGCGUGAGCCACUGCGUCCACCUGAACAGUUCUUUUAGUGACUUCAAUAGCAUGACCAGCAAUUGCACGUUUAGUCUUUAAUGUGAAGCCAAAGACUGUAUAUAAUUAGUAGACGUUUCAAUUUUAGGAAUUAAAAAUUGUGAAAAUCCUUCCACUGCA